GGUUCGCUUUUCGCGGGAAAGUUUCCGAAUUAUAUGUAUGCAUACAUCAACAAUGCUCAUAAUUGUUCAGGACGGUUGAUGGAAAUUGAGAACUUGACAAUCAAACAAUCCGUCUAAAUAAUAAGAUUAGAGCCAUUGUAAACGUAAGAGAAGUAAGACGUAAUUUAAAUCGACAUGUCAAGUCCAAUGAGACGGCCGCGGACGCCGUCGAGACCGGCAGAGGACGGCGGUUCAAGAAGUGGCACUCCUAGAAGGAAUCCAAAAACUCCCAGCAGGACUCCGUCGCUUCAGGGAACUCCAAGCAAAAAUUCCACGCCCAGUAAAAAUGGAAGUUCUCAGAAGGGUCCUGGAAGUGUUUCAGCGGAUACUCCAUUACGAUGGGGAAGUCGGCAUACACAAAAUGUUAUUUCCGCCUCUUCGGAAGACCCGGCCAAUGUGGUAGCAUCCUCCCCAGUCCAUGCAUUACAAACUAGUCCUUUACAUGCAGGAGUUUCCGAAAUUGAUCUGUCAUCUCCUCUAAAUUAUGGAACUCCAAGUUCCUUGGGAUCUGUUCGUACUCCACGUAGUGGAAUCAGAGGUACGCCAGUCAGGCACAGGACAGACAUUAGGGCGGACAAGCACAUGAGACAAGUCAACAUUGCUGAACCAAUUCCAGAAGAUCCAGGUCAAGUUCAAACAUCAGAAAGCGAAGGUGCUGGACCGCUCCUGGUGAUUUGGGGCACAAACGUAGUCCUUGAACGGUGUAAGGAAAAUUUCAAACGAUUCCUGCAACGUUAUAUCGAUCCUGAUGCAGAAAACGAUGAGUUGCCUGAAAAUAUGAAUGUAGCGGAGCCUCUUUACAUGCAAAAAUUAGAUGAGAUACAUACUUUAGAAGAACCUUAUAUGAACAUCAAUUGUGCUCAUUUGGAAGCCUUCGAUGAACAACUUUAUAAACAAUUAAUAUGUUACCCUGAAGAGGUGAUUCCCAUCAUGGAUAUGGCAGUGAAUGAAAUGUUUUUCGAAAAAUAUCCAGCAGCUGUAUUGGAACAUCAAAUUCAAAUACGGCCAUUCAAUGCCGCUAAGACCAAGAAUAUGCGACUUCUCAACCCUGAAGAUAUUGAUCAAUUAAUUACAGUCACUGGAAUGGUGAUAAGAACCUCUGAUGUUAUUCCAGAAAUGCGUGAAGCCUUCUUCAAGUGUGUUAUUUGUUCCUUAACAACUUCUGUUGAGAUCGACCGAGGCCGGAUUUUAGAACCCACUCUUUGUACUCAUUGCAACAAUACUUACUGCUUUACUUUGGUUCAUAACCGUAGUCACUUUUCGGAUAAGCAGAUGAUAAAACUGCAAGAGUCACCAGAUGAUAUGCCUGCUGGACAAACUCCUCAUACAGUAAUUGCUUUCGCCUACAAUGAUUUGGUCGAUUCCAUCUUACCGGGUGACAGGGUUUACGUGACUGGAAUUUACCGUGCAGUGCCCAUACAGGUCAAUCCAAGACAGUCUACUGUACGAGCUGUAUACAGGACUCACAUUGACGUAGUACACUUCAGGAAACAAGACUCAAAGAGGCUGUAUGAACAGGAAGAAGGCAAGGACCAUGCGUUUCCUCCCGAACGAGUGGAACUGCUAAAAUUUCUAUCGCAGAAGGAAGAUGUUUACGACAGAUUAGCUCGAAAUCUAGCGCCAAGCAUCUACGAAAACGAGGAUAUCAAAAAGGGAAUUCUGCUGCAACUGUUCGGUGGCACAAAAAAAACUCAUACCUCUUCUGGUAGAGCUCACUAUCGUUCAGAAAUCAACAUACUACUCUGUGGUGACCCUGGUACCAGCAAGUCCCAAUUAUUGCAGUUUGUCUAUCACUUGGUUCCAAGAUCACAGUAUACCAGCGGCAAAGGAUCUAGUGCAGUCGGUUUAACAGCUUACGUUAGCAAGGACCCUGAAACCAGACAACUCGUUCUACAAACGGGUGCAUUGGUCCUCGCUGAUAAUGGCAUUUGUUGCAUUGACGAGUUCGACAAGAUGAAUGAUUCCACUAGGUCGGUACUCCAUGAGGUGAUGGAGCAGCAAACUUUAAGCAUAGCCAAGGCGGGUAUUGUCUGCCAAUUGAACGCAAGGACUAGUAUUCUUGCCGCUGCUAAUCCUUGCGAAUCCCAGUGGAAUAAAAAUAAGACGGUGAUUGAAAACGUAAUGCUGCCACAUACUCUAAUAUCUCGUUUUGACUUGAUUUUCCUGAUGCUGGACCCUCAGGAUGAACUCUUCGAUAGAAGGCUUGCUAAACAUUUAGUUUCUCUGUACUAUAAAAGUGCUCCUGACGCUGAAGAUGAAAUCUUUGAUUUGAGUAUUUUGCGAGAUUAUAUAGCCUAUGCUAAAGAACACAUACAACCUACUUUAAGCGAAGAGUCUCAACAGAAGUUGAUCCAAGCCUAUGUCGAUAUGAGAAGAGUUGGAAGUGGCAGAGGGCAAAUCACGGCGUACCCUAGACAGCUGGAGUCACUCAUUCGGUUAUCCGAAGCCCAUGCCAAAAUUCGUUUCAGCCCUGUCGUCGAAAUGGUAGACGUUGAGGAGGCAUGGAGGUUACAUCGAGAAGCCUUGAAACAAUCCGCCACUGAUCCUCUAAGUGGCAAAAUCGACAUCGGUAUAUUAACUACCGGUAUGUCUGCAGCUGGCAGAAAACGAAAAUUAGAACUUGCCGAAAGUGUAAAAAAAGUCAUUGUAUCAAAAGGAAAAGUCUCCUUGAAUUACCAGAAGGUCUUUACAGAAAUCAAAGAAAACUCGUCAAUCCUGGUGACCAGAGACAUGUUUGAAGAGGCACUGAAGUACUUGCAAGAUAACGGCAUUGUGAUUUUGGUCGGUAAAAACACCAUUCGAGUUUGCUGAAUUCAUGAACAUACUUUGGCUGAUAAAUUUCCUCAGGCUCCGCACAUUGUGACGAAGAAUGUUCUAUCAGUGUACAACGUGCCUUAUGACCAUACUUGAUUAAAAUCCUUUUUAAUUAUA